AUGGAAGAUACAGAAGAUGCUGAACGAUUAGAAUUGGGUGAUUUCAAAGAUAAGACUUGUUUAACCAUUUCCGAAGUGGCCCAUAUACUUCAAAGAAAGAAGGAGGAAUUGGAAAAGGAACAAUCCGAUUUUAUUAAUGAUAUUUUCGAUAAAAGUUUAUCGUAUGCUAAGCGAUUUGGAGGUGGUUUGAGUUAUGAGAGUUCUCUCGAUAUCAAAACCACACUCGCAAGACAAACUCUGGCAUUGAAAGACUCACAAGACAGGAAAAAGCUUGUAUCAUUCCAAAUUGCACAGCUCGCAAAUCUAAUGCCAGGUGAUGCAGAAGAGGCGAUCACACUCAUCCCAAGUCUAAGAGUUUUUGAUGAAUCAGAAAUUGAAAAGAUACUCAAAGACAUGGAAACUAGGAAAGGUUAUUAA